AUGUUGGAUCAGUUCUCUUUGGCGGUGGUUGCCUUGUCGCGCCUGCUCGGGUGGGCGUACACACUCGCAUGGUCGCUCUCCUUCUAUCCGCAAGUGAUCCACAACCACACUGCGCGCUCCACCCGCGGUCUCUCUUCGGACUUUGUCGCACUCAACGCAGUCGGGCAUGCAUCCUACCUGGCCUACAACACUUUACUGCUCUACUAUGCUCCUGUCCGCAAAGCCUACCGCCGUACCCACGAUGGACGCGACAACGUGGUGCAGUUCAACGACUUUGCAUUCUCACUCCACGCCACCCUCCUUGCCCUCAUCACCCUCGCCCAAUACCUCCGCUACCGAAAAGCCAACCAGCAGAUUUCAAGAGCCGUCAAACUUGCCCUCGCAGCUGCCCUUACAGCUGCCGUCUUUCUCGCCGGCGCAAAGAGGCUCAAACUCGUCAAUUGGCUGCACAUCGUCAACGCCUUUUCAACGCUCAAACUCGCAGUGACACUGACAAAGUACAUCCCCCAACUAAAGCUCAAUCGCGAUAGAAAAAGUACGCAGGGCUUUGCCAUCCAAAACGUCCUCCUCGAUCUGGCAGGUGGAUCCCUCAGCCUGGCUCAACUCGUCCUAGAUGCGGUAGUGCUCCAGGGAAGCUGGUCAGGCGUCGCUGGCGAUUGGGGUAAACUUGGCCUCGGUCUACUCAGCUGCGCUUUCGAUGCUGCGCUCAUGUACCAGCAUUACUGCCUCUAUCCCCAACACCAGUCCGAUCCGCAGCAACCGUCGGAAUCAGAUCCCCUCCUCCCAUCUUCCUCGCGCUAG